AUGUCCGCUGCGCCUGCUCUCUUCCGUUGCCUCCCACGCGCCGCGGCGCUGCCAUUGGCAUCGUCGAGCUCAUUGCACCCCGCACGCUCGUUCUAUAGGGCACUCUCCACCCUCCCCACGCGCGCAGAGCAUGUCACUACCACCAUCCGCGCCGCUCCCUCCCUCCCCCUGGCCGCCCUCAACCCCUCCCUUGUGUCGUCCGCUUCGUCGUCUUCCACCACCCCAACCGCGUCCUCGUCGACCUCUGUCACUGGCGAGAAGAAGCCCGCACCCCGCAGGCGUGAGAUCAAGUCGAAGAAGGCGGCAUUGACGAUGACUCCCGAAGCCGUCACCCGCCUGCGCGCCCUGUCCUCAAACCCCACCGAGCCCAAGCUUCUCCGUAUCGGAGUCAAGACUCGCGGAUGCGCCGGCAUGGCUUACCACCUCGACUACGUCAACCCUCCCGGGGGCAAGUUUGACGAGGUGGUGGAGCAGGACGGUGUCAGGGUGCUCAUCGACUCGAAGGCGUUGUUCUCCAUCAUCGGUUCCGUCAUGGACUGGCGCGAUAACCGUUUGUCCGCAGGAUUCGUGUUUGAGAACCCCAACAUUGUCGACACUUGUGGUUGUGGCGAGAGCUUCAACAUUCGUUUCUAG